AUGGCCGGAGCACUGCCGGUGCUGCUGCUGCUGCUGCUGCCGACCCUCCGGCAGGUCUCGGUGCCCGCCGUGCAGGGCCAGGCACCCGCUGCCGGGGAGGGGGCAGCGGAGACGCCGCGCGCCGCCUCUCCCUCUCCCUCUCCCUCUCCGCCGCCCCCCGGGGACCCCGACCCGCAGCCGGUCGGCGCCGCCAACGCCUCGGCAGACGGGCGUCACCCGCCGCCGGGGAACGGCAGCGGGUCGGCGCCGAGGCCGCCCCCCCUGUGCAGGCAGCAGACCGAGAUCACCGGCAGCUUCAAGUACAUCAACACCGCCGUCUCCUGCCUGGUGUUCGUGGUGGGCGUCGUCGGCAACUCCGCGCUGCUGAGGAUCAUCUACAAAAACAAGUACAUGCGGAACGGACCCAACAUCCUGAUCGCCAGUCUGGCGCUGGGGGACCUCCUGCACAUCGCCAUCGACAUCCCCAUCAAUGUGUACAAGCUCCUUGCUGAAGACUGGCCUUUUGGGGUGGAAGUAUGUAAACUUGUACCUUUUAUACAAAAAGCAUCAGUUGGCAUCACUGUGCUCAGUCUUUGUGCACUCAGUAUAGACAGGUAUCGAGCAGUGGCAUCCUGGAGUCGUAUCCAAGGGAUCCGAGUUCCCUUGUGCACAGUGGUUGAAAUCAUACUUAUCUGGGUCGGGUCCAUUGUUCUGGCAAUUCCCGAAACUAUAGCAUUCGACGUGGUACCAAUGGAAUAUCGGGACAGGCUCUAUAGUGUCUGCCUCCUGCACCCGAUCCAGAAAACUCGAUUUAUGGAGAUUUACAAGUCGGCGAAGGACUGGUGGCUGUUUAGCUUUUAUUUCUGCAUGCCUCUGGCAUGUACGGCUGUGUUUUACUCUUUAAUGACAUGUGAGAUGCUAAGAAAGAAAAGUGGGAUGCAAAUUGCUUUGAAUGACCACUUGAAGCAGCGUCGAGAAGUAGCAAAGACUGUCUUCUGCUUGGUGCUGGUGUUUGCUCUCUGUUGGAUGCCCCUUCAUCUCAGCAGAAUUCUAAAGAAAAUGCUGUACAAUGAAUAUGACCCCAACAGAUGUGAGCUUUUGAGUUUUCUUUUAGUAUUGGAUUACAUUGGUAUCAACAUGGCAUCACUCAACUCCUGCAUAAACCCAAUUGCACUCUACUUUGUCAGCAAGAGAUUCAAGAACUGUUUUCAGUCCUGCCUUUGCUGUUGGUGCCAAAGGAAGACUAUGAUGCAUAUCAUGCCCCUGGAUGAGAAGCAGUCCUGCAUCAAGUGGAAGGCAAAUGGCAUUGAUCAUGGUCUGGACCAUAGUAAUUCACGGUCCAGUAACAAAUACAGUUCAUCAUAAAGCAGAAGCUCCAGGAAUCCACCAGUGAGGAAUGCUGACACCACUCACACUGUACAAAAACUGUUAACCUGAUCAUAAAGAAACACAAAAUUCCAAAUAUUACCCAGUCAUAUAAGAGUCAAAUUGCUGCAGUACGUUAUAGCUGCAUGCAUUGUUGCAUCAAAAAUGUUUUCUGGAAUAGGGCAUCUAUCUCUUAAAGAAUGAGAAAAAGUAAAUAAAGAUAGACUGACCAAUAAAAACCAUUGUUAAGGCACUUGAACUCUUCUGACCCUUCACUUCCAGGUCACCAGAACAUUUUGGAAUCUUAAACUAAUUUGCUUCAAAAUAUGUUAAAAGAAAUAUGAAAGAGACUGAGACAGAGGACUGCCAAACCAGCAAUUUCUGACUGUACAUCCUGUACACGUACACCAAAUGAGGACUGCUUUGUCUAGAAAGUAGAUUUCUCAACUUGAUAGGAACUAUGCAUUAUUCAUUAAAUGGAUAUUGGGCCGGACCAUGCCCCUUUCAAGAUAUUUACAUUGUUCUCAUAUACCUCGCAUGCAUAGUAAUGAGUAAAACACUUUGGAGUGAAUUCUCCCACCAUUGGGAAAUGUAUCAGACUUGAUCUGUACUUAUAAACUCAUGCCACUAAGGUCCAGAUGUUUGGAGAUUAAGAUGGUCCUGCACAACAAAGUCUAUAAAUUUACCUACCAAGGAA